CCGUCUGAAAAAUGCAUUUUUGAUGCUAUAUUUGUUUCACAGUUCAUUACAGUGAGUUACGCUGGAGCGACUUUUCUACCAACUGGAUACUACAAGUCCAACAAUUUAGAUGCAGCAGUGAGUUACCUCGAUGAACUGACACCGCUGAAUAACUACGUUUCGAGGGAGACGAAGUACAAAGCGCUCAUCAACAUGAAUGGAGCGAAUGACGCUUUGACGGAUGCCAAGAAUAAGGUGAUUGUGACGACAUCUUUCUGCGUGACACCGAAAGCGCCUGUGGGGGACAGCUUUUCGAUCGUAACUGCGGCCACUAUUGGGAGUAGCAGAAUCUUCCUCAACGUGUACAAUUUCACUGUCGGUGCCGCAAUCACGAGGUCUGCUACUAAGCUUUUCACCAUGGAACAAACCUUCAAAGCUGCUGACAAGGUGUAA